AUGGCUGCAUCAAGAGGUGGUGGAACUGGAAUCAACACCAACCAACUGAGUCCAGAAAGAAUUGAAAAAUCACUUUCUGCAUCCUUGAAGGCUCACAGUUACAAGACACCUUACCUUCUUGAAAAGAACAGUAGAAGCAACCCUAAAGAAGUUAUCAUAACCUUUCCAGCAUCAGGUGGUUUCAAAGAUUGGUAUUCCAAAACUAAUUUUGGUCAAAUCAAAAUAGAUCUCACUCUAUUUCCUUCACUUAGAAGUAUUGGUAACAACGAUCCUGCUGUGGUUAAUCAAUUCUUUCUCCAAAGAUUCCAAGAGAUUUUGGCUAAGUCUUUACUUAAAGAUCAGGUGGACACGGCAAUAAAAAAGCAGAAGCAAAUAAUUUUUGCAGGACAUUCAUCUGGUGGACCACUGGCAAUUCUGGCAACUCUUUGGGCCUUAGAAAACUACCAAAACCCAAAAUCUCAUGUGCCAAGGAUCCUCCUCGCUCCUCUAUCUUCUUUUGACCAGAGAUUUGACACAGUUUCACAACUCUUAGAUCCUAAAACCAGAUCAUUCAUGAGCGAAUCGUCUCUCGGAAGAAUCUCUUCAACUUCAGAUUUCUACUUUGAGUUGAUAUCAAGUGCUGCAACUGUCACAAGACAUGCUGCUUGCAAGCUAAUGGGAACAACAGAAGCAACACUUGAAACUAUUGCAAAUUUUGUUCCUUUGAGCCCUUAUAGACCCUUCGGAACUUACAUUUUCUGCACUACAAGUGGAAAUGAAGCAAAACAGAUUGUCAUCAAAAACCCUGAUGCAAUUCUGCAGGUCCUGUUUUUCUCUGCUCAAUUAAGCUCUGAAGCAGAAACUGAUGAAGUUUCUCUUAAAAGCCUGCGACAACAUUUCACUUAUGGCGCGGAAUUGCCAAAAAACCUAGGAAUUCAGAAUGCUGUGUACUUGGACCAACUAGAGAAGAUUCCUUUGUCCGAGAAUACUACUACGGGCCGUGACAUUGCAACCAUCAACACAGCCUUAAAUGAUCUUGGCCUGAGCACACGAGCAAGGUUAUGCAUUCAAGCAGCAGCAGCAUUAGAGGAACGAAAAAGAAACAACGAAAAAGCCAUAGAAGAUAAGAAAGGAUUUAUGGAAGAAAAGAUGAAGGAAGUGGAAAAGUACAGAGAAAUGUGGGGGCAUCAGAAAAAGGGUUACUACGACGGAUUCAAGGAUCAAGAAGAUCCAGAAGAUUUUAAAGCAAAUGUGAAGAGACUAGAUCUAGCAGGAGUAUGGGACGAGAUAAUCGAAAAGCUACUAAACUAUGAACUUCCGGAUGAAUUUGAAGGGGUAGAAGAUUGGAUUGAGGCAGGAACAAAGUUUAGAAGACUAGUUGAGCCUUUGGACAUUGCUAAUUAUUAUCGACAUUCGAGGAACCGUGAUGGACGCGCUUACAUGGAUAAAGGAGGAAGGCCAAAGAGAUACAGGUAUACGCAGAGAUGGUUGGAGCAUCGUGAGAGGAGGAAAGAAGGUGGUUAUUCUGAGUCUUGUUUUUGGGCUGAAGUGGAGGAUCUUAGUAAUGAUAAGAAAUCUUUUGAAGAUGUUAAGGAAAGAGUUUCAGCAUUGGAGGAUCAGAUAGAAGAGUGGUAUAAGAAAGGUGAAGUUGGUAAAGAUGUGUUUUUGGAGGGUUCUACUUUUGUGAAGUGGUGGAAAACACUGCCAAUACAACAUAGGCAACAAUCAUGCAUUAGAAGUCCUGUUGAAGGAUGA